CGAUUGAACGCGGAAGCAGAUCGCGCGCGGCGCGCAGCGAGGCCUUCGCAGCGCGCUACAACUCGCCGAUCCUAUACCGAAUUCAGAAUGGGCCGUCCGUCUUUACGCGAUAUUCGCGCCCUCGUUUGAUGCACUAUAAAAAUGGGCGUGCCCUCGCCCAGGACCCUGUCGCAUCCUUCGUCUCUCCUCCCAUCUCCAGCUCUUGGAGGUCGCGUCCUGGCUGCUGUUCAGCCCGAGUACUGAAGCACGCGUGCUAUUCUGUGACACAAGCGCGAACGCGAGCGUCGACAUGACUCUCGGUUCUUAUCCCCUCCGCCUUCCCAGCUACCGCUCCGCGCAUGGACGACGGUACCACCCGUACCCCGCAGUGAGGCGCCACGCGAACAACGAUGAGUCCUACAUGGAUUUCAUCCCUGAUUUUGAUUACGAAGCGGCUGAGCAUGUGUUGGAAGUGCCCCCGGCGAGCCUGCAGCUGCACCCAGUGCGACGCGACGACGACGACGCCGACGUGAUGGCGUUUCAACUGGAUGCCAGUGCUGCAAAACACACCAAGGAUGAGGACGCAGAUGCUGAGAGCAAGGUCGCGAUUCUGGUAGUUCACAGGAAAGACGAUGAAGGUGAACAGAAGCCGGUCACGGCGAAGCCUCUGAUGAGACUCACAGCGCUGUAUACGCUAUUUUUAUGCCUCCACUACGUUCAGGGCCGCCUCACGAAAAGCCGUAUCAACACCCAAAAGUGAUUGCACCACGCGGAUGUACCUUUGCUCUCGGUCGGUUGUCGUUGCUGUCCGUCGCUGUCUUGGUUGUAUGGUUUGCUUGCCU